AUGAUAUCAAUUGAUGUUCUGUGGGGCUGUCAAGUCAACACAUUAAACAGACCUUCGACUCCCUUGCAAACACGAAGGAUAAAGCGGCUCUUCUUUUCUCAAGGCAACAGAGAGAGUACACGAAAGUUUGCUCCAAUGCAGUUGAAUAUCAUGCCAACACGACCUCUACUAGGGAUCAUUCCUGCUCACAGAAGGGGCGUGUCUGUGCAAAGGUUUGGUGACUCGUGUAUUGACAAAAAGAUGAUUUGUCGCAUUAUUAUCCAAUGCCUUAGCAGCUACAAGAAUUUUGGCUCAAAGGAUUAUUGA